UACCCAGCUAGGUUAAUCUUCAACGUGGACGAGACAGGCAUCCAGUGGAAGCUUAUGCCCAGGCGCACGUAUCUUUCCUCCUCGGAGGACCGCAAGAAGGCGCGGGGCUCCAAGAGCAUGUACUUCAAGGAUCGGAUGUCUGCCAUCAUGUGCAGCAACGCCGACGGCACUGCAAAGGUGGACAUGGCCAUCAUCGGGAGGUCGAAGGUGCCUCGCUGCUUCACGGACGCGCCUUCACCUCUGAAGUACUUCUCGCAGGCCAACGCGUGGUCUGACUCCGCGACGUUCCUCAAGUGGUGGCUUGAAGUCUUCCUCCCGUUCAUUCGGCGCUUCACGCACGAAAAGGUGCUGCUCCUGAUGGACGGCUGCUCCUCUCACGGCGAUCUCGUUGAUGAUCGUGGGCAAGUUACCAUCAAGUUCUAUCCUCCGAACUGCACCAGCCUGCACCAGCCCAUGGACAUGGGGAUCAUCGCGAAGACGAAAGUCCUCUACAGGAAGGAGCUGCUCGACGUCAAGGCAUCCACAAUGUUGGUCGCUGAGACCCUUCGCGCCCAGGCCAAAGCCAGUAAGAUGAAGGCCGGGACGAUGGGGCUGGCGCAGGGGCACCAACCUCACCUACGGGACGCCGCUGAACUUCUUCAGAAAGCAUGGGGCAGCGUCACUCCCCAGGACAUCGCCAGGCGGAAGGGAUAUUGGAAGAACUUCUCGCCGAACACGGCAUUGGCGAAACUGAGGGCCAGAUGGAGUUCCGGACUUCUCACGUGGCGAAUUACUGGAUGGCACGAAUUUUCGGCGGGGCGUCCAACGUCAGCGGCUCCGUGGAUGUCGGGAAAACAUGGUACCUUUCCGUGGCGUUAACAGGAGUUAUCCCGGGGAGCUAA